GCUUGUUAUUUUAUAUUUACAUGUUAUUUAAUCUGUAUAAUCUGUUACUUACACAUUUAAAAAAAAAAACAAUUGCAAAUAUUAACAAAUGUAAAAAAAGACAUAUAAAAUAUUAGAAAUUAGUGAAACGUGUGUAUGAUGGACGAAAAGUAAUGUUCAAAUGAAAUUUCUGCUCCAAACUGAUUACAAGUGCAAGCAAUGCUAUCAAGAGUCUACAAAAAGAAAAAACAAAAAACAAAUGGAAGGAGCAACAUAUUUUCGAAAAAGAAAUGAUUCUUUUUGGGACAUCUUUAUUUACAUCGGGAUGGAUGUAUCCCCCUCCAUGACAUAAUACGUAAAGCUACUACGAUGAAAUCGAGUUCGUGUAUCUUCGGAUUAUUUCGUCGGGACACAUCUCGGGGCCUAGGUUCAGUGAUUUACGUUUCAACAUUAUCAAAAUAUAUCAAAUAAUAGAGUAUUUUCGAUAUAGAUAAGGACAUUUUCGAAACAAUUAAUGUGCUAAUCGUUUGAUUAGUGUACAUCGAUAAAUAGUAUCUAAGUCAUACAUCAAAACGAAUUAUUCGCCAUUCGUUAAUGUUAAUUAAUGACGCGCGAUGUUCGUCUUGUAUGAUCCUCUCAACGAAACUGUGCGUUUUGAUAUGUUGCUGUGAUUAAAAGUGUUAUUUUUUAUUUUUUUUAUUUUUUAAACGUUUAAAUAAAUGUUAAGCAUAGUCAAACACGAAAUAAAUCAAUUUCUUUUGGUUGCCUAUUGUUCGCCAAAUGUAUUACGGCUGAUUAAUAUUAGCUUGUAGCUAAGAGUUGAACACACUGUACGUAUUGUUGGUCCGCCAUCUUGUAAAUUCCACUACUUAUGGGCCAGGGCCGAGGGUGAUAACAAACCGUUGAUUAUAAGAGAAUAAACUAGAAUAAUAAAUGGGACUGCUGUGACAUUUAUCUCUUUAUGCACCGCCUCUCUUUAAAUAAUGGAGACAUUAAGAAAUGAUACUCUAAAUGAUUCUACAUCCACUGUAACUAAUCAUGCACACACCGCUAACAUACUAAAUGUGGAUGAAUUGUCGAGACAAAAAGAAGAUGAACUUUUAUAUGGGACGGGAGAAGACGGAGAGGAAGAAGAAGCAUUGUCUGAUGAUAGUUUACGUUUAAGACUUUCUGAUGACGAAGCUGAAGCAGAAGAAAUUAUUCUACCAUCUAUAAAUCCUAAGCUAUGUGAUAAAGAGACAAAAGAUAAGGAUAAGAAUAGUAGUAAUGAAGAAUCUAACAAAAAACAACAAUCCCAUAAUGAAGUAGAUAAUAGUGAAAGGAAUGAUGUAAACACUGACAAUGAAGAAGUGGAGGUUUGGAAGUCGAGUUUAGGAAAAACAAAUAAUCUAGUUCUAAAUAGUAAUAAUAAUGAUAAAUCGACUUGGGAGAAAUGUAAUAAUGAAUCAAUUAAUAGUCCUACUAAAACGAAAAGUAAAACCGAAAAAUUAACGAAAACGAAAAGUGGGAUUUGUAAUACUAGUAAAAACAAUUGUGAUGAUAAUAGAUUAGUUGAUAAUUUAAGCAAUUUAAUUAGCAAAGAAAAAGAUACAUCUUCUUUGAAAGAGAAAAAUGAAUAUAAAGAGAGUAGUCAAUUAAAGAUUGAAGAUCAAAACGAAGAAGCAGUUACUAACAAAGAAAAUGAUCAAUGUCGAGAUGACAAACAAGAUUCAAUACUAAAUAAAAAGGAGAAAAUACUGAGUAACAAUUGUAAUACGGAUGUCUUUACUAAUAAGAAAGCACUAAGUUCAAAUUCAGACGAUUGUUUAACAAUUGAUGAAUAUUCCGUGGAUAAAAAUAAAGUUAAUAGGACAGAAACAACUAUAGCAAGUAAACAUCAGGAAUUUAAUCAAGAGUCUUUUAACAAUGAUCAAAAAGUUAGUAACGAUAAAUGUAAUAAAAAGGUAUUACAUGACGAAAUCAAUUUAGAUCAAAUUUCAAGUUCAUCCGAUAAUAAUACUUUAAUAAAAAAGCAAAAUGAAAAAUCGAAUUUAUCGAAAAGCUUUGAAAACAAUGAUAAGCACACUAUUCAUCAAUUAAUAUCGGAUGCUAUAGAUGUGGACAAUGAUGAUAUUAACGAGUCUGCAAUUUCUGUUGAUGAAAGUUCUUUAACAACAAUUAUAGGUGCAUUAUCAGAGCCGUCGGUUGAAAAAGAUAUAAAUGAUGAGAAUGAAGAAAAUAUCGUUGAAAUUUCAAAACCACAACGAAAAAGAAGACGAUCAAGGAAGAUGACAGUCUCAGAACAAGAUACUAUUCAAGAAAAGCAUGAAGGACGACAGAAAAGAAAAACUGCUAAAAAUGCAGAAGAAAUAAUAAGGAAAAAGCUCUUGGCUCAAGAAAGCGAUAUAGAUUCUAGUGAUAAUUCUGAUAAAAAUAUAACUUUAAAUCAUAAAAUUAAUCAGAGUGUACAACCUCUUUCUCCUCCUUCGUUAAAACGUCAUUCAACUGAGAUUGAUUUAACUGUUAAUGGUAAUAUAAAAAAACUCAAAAGUUCUAAAAUUGAAGAUGUUACCAUACAAAAAGAAGAAACAAAUGAUAUAGGAAGUCUUAAUUAUAUAAGUAAAUUAUUUAGAAGAAACGCUAAGGAAAAACUACCUAAAUUAAAGCAAGAAGAAUUGGAAGAACUUUUAAUACAAAAAAUUGUAGAAGCCAUAGCAAUGCGUGGUGAAAUUGGAAGAUUGAGAGAACAAGCGAGAAUAUCUGAAAAAAAUCAGGAAGCAACACGAACUAGAUGUCAACAAUUAGCAAAACAAAUAAAAGAUUUUGAAAUGGUUUUAAAUCGUAAUGCAGCAGAUAGACGGGCAAAUAAUGACAAACCAGUAGUACCGAUAAAGAUUAAUCGAUCUGUCGGAUUACAAGUUAACUUCAUUACGGAUCAUGGAAUACAAAGUUUAAGACAAUUACAACAAAAUCCUCCAAUAAAAUGUGUAAAUAUACCGCCUACACUUACUCCUAUGGUCAAUGAAACAAAUCCACCAAAUCAAAGAAAAGGAAUAAAAGUAAGGUCUCCAAGAAAAAUUGAGAUACCCAUAGUCGCUCAACCUGUUACUAUAUCGCACAGUACAGUACAACCUCCUACAUUAAUUCCUGCUGUGACUCCAGCUGCUUUAGUUAUGUCUAAACCUGUUGAAUCUCAACAUUCUAUAAGUUUGACAAAUUCAACUAAUAGCAUUCAACAAAUAUUAUCAAAUCAACAACAGCCAUUAUCGCCACAAACUGUAGUACUAAAUGGAAAAAUUCCGCAACAACAAACAAGUCGACAAAGUACGACGACGAAUGUUCCCAAAACAAAUACUAAUGAUCUCAUUGAUUUAACGGAUGAAGAGGAAAAAAAUAAAUCUACAGUAAACAUGCUAAACGUGAUCAAAAACGCAGAUAAUUUAAUAAAUAUUAGACCGAAGACAUCGAACAAUUUUCCUAGAGUAAUUCAAACAAUCCCUACGAAUGUAACUAUAUCUCAACCUAGUAUCAGAGUGGUUCAUACAGCAAGUCAUCCAACACCAACUGCUUUAGUAAACAAUAUGAAUGCACCUAGAUUAGCAUACGUAAUGCAAGGUGGAGUUGUUCCAGGGAGACAAUUAUUAAUAACAUCAAAUUCUAAUCAAAUAAGACCAGUAGUAAGUUCAGGUAACAGACCACCAUUUACAACAGUUACAUAUAAAACUGGCAUUUCAACAAAUGCAAAUGGUACUGUACGUGUAAUCACAACGCCGGCUUGUCCUUCAAAUAUACAAACAAAGAAACACCCGGCACCUCUUCCAGACUCUCCUCAAUAUAAUAUUAGUCCUCUUUCAAAAUUGCCUCCACCAGCUCCUUCUUUAAAAAUAUCUAAAGUUGCAAAUGGUAUAGUGUUAUCGUGGAAUAUGACACUUUCGGAUAAAUACGCCGAUAUAGUUAGUUACCAAUUGUAUGCUUAUCAAGAAGUCGCAGGUGUAUCUCCUAGUACGAAUCUUUGGAAAAAAGUUGGUGACGUUCGAGCUUUACCAUUGCCUAUGGCUUGUACUCUUACUCAGUUUUCAGAAGGUAACAAUUAUUACUUUGCUGUCAGAGCAGUUGAUUCACAUUCCAGGAAAGGACAAUAUAGCAUACCUGGCAAUAUUUCAUUGUAAAAUAUCAAUUGAAAAAAUAUUCAUAUGUACACAAUUUCUAUUCCUUAGAACUUAUUAAAUUUAAAAAAUUACAUUUGUAUACACAUAAAAAUACACACGAUCAUUCAUAUAUACACAUACACAUACGAGAAAAAGACAAAUGCUUCACAGCUCCAAAUACCAUAUAUAAUUAUAUUACUAUCAAUUACUUUAAUAUCCUUGUCGUAAGUGCAACGAGUAAUUGAUAAUUUGUAAUUAUAUCAAUUAUAUAUUAAUUUUGUACAAGAAUUUCACCAUCAAAAAAUUAUUCUAGUCCAAAUAUAUUUCUAUUUAAUUAAUUAAUAAUACUCAAUCAAAAUAUUAACAACGCAACCGGGUUUGUGGAGCAUUAAACAUGAAUAAAAAUAAAAUCAAUCGUGAAAACAGAGUGUUGAGAAACAUAUUUGAUAAAAGUGUUCAAAAUAGGGCUUGUCAUUUUUUUACUUCUUUUUAUAGACAAAGUUAUUUUUAGAAACUCAAUAAAUU